GCUAUGAUACAGCUGAUUGCAAACACCUGGGCGUGUUGAUCAGCGGCGACACGUGCGUGGUCCUGUUGACCUCGAGCUCUCAGAGGAGAUCUCUUUACGUUUUCACCAGUUUCGUUAUUUAUCAUGGAAAAACAAAUGCUAAUGUCAGCUGUCCUUCGUUAUUUUCGCACGGUUGUCUUUCUGCUGCUUACCUGCAGCUCCACGCUGGUUAAGUCUUCUUUUGGUGCCUCCGGUAAGGUGCACAAUCCGGGCGACCUGACGUACCCCUACGGCAGCAUCUUCUCCCCGCUGUUCAAAGCCCUGUCUGAGCACGGAGGGCCGGGGUGGAGCCCAGACCUGAGGAGAAAGAUUAAACCUGAGUACAGGUACAUUAAAUAUCUGACGGAGGUUUACAAGAAGUCUCCACAAGUGCAGGGAAGUUUGGACGGGAAUCAGAUGUACAACACUGUUCGACUGAUCACACCACAAGAUGAAUGUCUGGCACAAAGUCACAAAGAGAGUUUCAUGCAGGGUCUUUCCUACAGCCUUUAUCAAGUCAGAGGAAAAGAACAGCUCCUGAAGUCAACCCUGCUGUACAAUUUAGACCAAGAACGUGCAUUUCCUGCCAACUCUGUGUGCUACCUAAGUGUGGAGGAGCAGGAGCUCUCAGACCAGUGCCUGCUAUGUCCUAUGGUCCAUCAAGCUGUAAACUUCACAACAAACACGGACAGGAUGAGCAGGAGGAACUGGGUGGAGGUUGAUGUCACCUCAUUUCUUCAGCCUCUCUUACAGGCUCAGAGAAAGAACAUACAUCUGCUCAUUAACAUCACGUGCCCAGAGGAACACAGAGCCAGAGGUUCAGGGAGUACAAGCCCACUACAGUUCAUCCUGAGAUCCCCUCUUCUGCUUCUGUAUCUCAAUGACACCAGCAACAUUGCCCACCAGAGGUUACCGGUCAGUGCCAUAGAAGGUCAACAGCCAGCCAGUGCAGCGAAUACGUUUCACAAGCAGAGGUUUAACAAACCAGUUCAAAGGAAAGGACGCAAGAGAAGACUGAAGAGGGAGUCUCCAAAGAGCAAGCGAGGUGAUAAAAGUGUAGAUUUCCACCUGCCUGAGCUUCUUCCAAGCUCUGAAUUCCCAACCAGUGACUGCGCCUUGUAUGAUUUCAGGGUGAGAUUCAGCCAGCUCAAACUAGAUCAGUGGAUUGUUUUUCCACCAAAGUACAACCCCAGGUACUGCAGGGGCAUCUGCCCGAACACUGUGGGCUUUAUCUAUGGCUCACCUCUCCACACAGUGGUGCAGAACCUCAUCUAUGAGAAGCUGGACUCCUCUGUGCCCAGGCCCUCAUGUGUCCCCUCCCACUACAGCCCCCUGAGUGUCAUGAUCUUUGAGAAGGACGGCUCCUAUGUCUACAAGGAAAUUAAAGACAUGGUGGCCACCAGGUGCACAUGUCGCUAAGCCAGCUGCCUACUUGUCUUCUCACUUUUCUUCCCUUUUUUUUUAAGGCUGUUGAAACAUCAACAUGAACCUCCUCAGCAGCAGUCACAGGUGGACCAGGUUCUCUGACCAGGCUCAGUGAUUUCAGGAAUUUAUAAAAUCAUGCAUGGCUAAAGUUUGAUCUGGAGCAGGUGCAUUUACUUAAUCAAUUGUUUACUUGUAAAGUAUUUUUAUCCUAAUGAGAAAUGUGGAAACAUGACAUUUGUUUGUUUGGUUUUUUUUGUUCUUGAAUGACAAGAAAGGGUGCCACUGCAUCCUCUUCUUUAAACCACUGACUGUGACAGAAUUUAAAAUGUUACAGAAGAAAUAGUGUGUUGUAUAAUUUGUAUUAUUUUUUUAAGUUAUUUUUUUUGUUAAUUUAUAUUGGGUGGGUGGUCUCCUCGUUAUUCUUUAAUUUAACACAAUUGCAAGUUUUAAGUAACCCUGUUCUGGAGCAAAGAUGAAAAGCAGUCACUAACUCUUAGCAAACCUUUUACAUAAUGUUUUAUUCCUGGGGAUUACAGACAGGUGUCUGAAUAGCAUCCUGUCUUUAUAAUGUCCAGAAUGGAAGUUGUUGAGGCUCAGUGUGUAUUUAUUAUCUCUGGUCACUGAGUAACUUCAUACUUAUGAAUUUGUACUGGUUGAAUGUGACUAAAUGCAUGCCAUUUCUAUUUAUGCAAAUUUAAUGAAUUCACUGUGUGUCUGUGCUCAGCUAAGAAAUACUCAAAAAUAAUGAAAAUAUGAUGUAUGAAAACAAAACCUCUGGAAAGUUGGGAAAAUAAAGAAAUGAUAUGCA